GUGUGGACAUUGUCAGCGCCUCCAGCCAACGUGGAAUGAUUUGGGAGACAAGUACAACAACGCGGAAAACCCACAGGUCUAUGUUGUUAAAGUGGAUUGUACUACGGACACUCCACUGUGCUCGGAAUUUGGCGUCCGAGGAUACCCCACCCUAAAGCUGCUAAAACCAGGACAAGAACCUCUGAAAUACCAAGGCCCAAGGGACUUCCAAGCACUGGAAAACUGGAUGUUGGAGAAACUAAAUGAGGAACCAUCUGAUCCAGAAUCUGAUGUGGAACCACCAAAAGUCCCUGAACCCAAGCAGGGAAUGUAUGAGCUCUCAGCAGACAAUUUCAAGAUGCACAUAGCAGAAGGUAAUCACUUUAUCAAAUUCUUUGCCCCUUGGUGUGGUCACUGCAAGGCUUUGGCCCCAACCUGGGAACAGCUGGCUCAGGCCUUUGAGCAUUCUGAAACUGUCAAGAUUGGCAAGGUCGACUGUACCCAGCAUUAUGAAGUCUGCUCUGAAACCCAAGUUCGUGGCUAUCCCACACUCCUCUGGUUUAGAAAUGGUGAAAAGGGUGACCAGUACAAAGGGAAGAGGGACUUCGAUUCCUUAAAGGAAUACGUGGAUUCCCAACUACAGAGCUCUGGGAAGGAGCCGCCAGCAGAUAAACCCGCUGAAGCCCCGCAGCCGCCUGCGGAACACCCCCACGUUGAGGCUGCAGUGCUCUCUCUCUCCGAAAAAGACUUUGAUGCAACCAUUGCUAGGGGGAUCACCUUUAUUAAAUUCUAUGCUCCAUGGUGUGGUCACUGUAAGAACUUGGCUCCAACUUGGGAGAACCUCGCCAAAGAGCAAUUUCCAGGUUUGACUGAUGUCAAAAUAGCAGAAGUCGACUGCACUGUGGAACGUAACGUCUGCAACAGAUUUUCUGUUCGUGGUUAUCCUACGCUUCUGCUUUUCCGAGGGGGAAAGAAAGUCAGUGAACACAAUGGCACGAGAGACCUCGAAUCACUGCAUAGCUUUGUCUUGCGUCAGGCAAGGGAUGAAUUGUAA